CCUGCUGAAAGAUAUAUACGCUGUGGCUCCGCUCUCAGAACUGAGAAUUGUUCUGCUGGGUUGGAUUUUGUCUGGGAAGAGUUCAACCGGAAACACCAUCUUCAAUCAUGAAAUAUUUCAUACAGGAAGAGCAAAACACCAUACUGGUGUUGUAAAUGGCAGAAAAAUAACCGUGUUGGACACCCCAAACUGGUGGAAGUAUUUCUCAUCUAAAUACAACCCAAAAUUUGCACGGGCUGGAAUCCUGGAGAGUGUAGCCCAAUCACAACAAAUGCAGUUCCCUCACGCCAUGAUCCUAGUGAUUCCUAUUGAUACCUCACUCAAGAAUGAACAGAAAAGAAUCAUUAAAGAGUACAUGGCCACUCUUGGAGAAGAUGUCUGGAGACACACCAUAGUUCUGUUCACAUGGGGUGACAGAUUUCCAGACAUCUCAAUCGAGCAGCACAUUGAGAGUGAAGGUGACGCCCUCCAGUGGCUGGUUGAGAAAUGCAGGAACAGAUAUCACGUCUUUGACAACUCAAACAAGAAUAACCGAGAUCAAGUCACAGAGUUGCUCCAGAAGAUUGACGAGAUGGUGGCAGAAAACAGUCUGUUCUGCUUCAAUACUCAAUGUGCUGCAGAAAAAAACAUUCAUGAGACUGACACACAAGAUGAGGAAAUAAGUCUGGAUGCUGACCAUGUGCUGCAAUUACUACAGCAGGAGAUUAUCAACAGGUUUACGGAGAUCAAAAGUAAACUAAAACACUUAGGGAUGGAUUUCACUGGAUGUAUAGAGGCUAAAAGUCACAGUAGCAUGUCAGAGCCUCCAGGCUUCUCAGCUGAUGAGAAUCUCAUGGAGAAGAUAAGGAGAGAAGGAAGCAGAUGUGAAGUAAUUUUAAUGGAUGCACUCUUGAACAUUCAGAAUGAAGCAUCAUCUGAUUCACCUGAGAAGGUGUUGAGGUGGUUUCAAAAAUGUGAUGAAUGCAGCUCAAUCGAAUCUGGAACAAGCUCCAUCAUCAGCAAUCUAGAAGAUCCAGAGCCCAGAGGCAUAAAAAGACGUAAAGAACAGUUUGCAGAAUGA